CCCAUAUGAGCAAGGGGACCACCCUCCAAACCUUUAAAAUUUCCAUUAACCAAAGGAAUUUCCCAGCAAGGGAGCAUGCGCUUGCUUCCUCGGCUCAUGGGUUGUCAGGACAACCGGGGGACCAAACAAACAACAGUCGAGGAAAAAUAAAAGCAAAUUUUACCAAGAGAAAAAAACAAACACGGAAAAGAUGUCGUCCGAUCAAGAAUUGGAUGCCAUUAUCAAGGCCACACAACAGGCCUUGGGUAAGUACAUUAAAAAGCCGCCACUCACGGAGAAGCUGCUGAAGAAGCCGCCCUUUCGCUUUCUGAUGGAUGUGUUCAAUUCGUUCAUCAAGCAGACGGCCACCUUCGAGGGUCUGUACACGUUUGAGGAGCAGCAGUUCGAGAACAUAGGAGAUCGCGAGGCCAAGAUACGAUUCCUGCAAAAAAUGAUCGAUGCAAUCAAACUAACAACGAAAAGGGACCUCAAAGUGCGCACCUCCAAGAUAGUGGCUGGGCAAGAGCCCGAGCUAACCAACGAGCUUCUCCAGGCCAUGGCCAGUGUGGCUGAGCAGAGCUUAGACUGGCAAACGGCCGUCGAUCAGGUUGCGGUAGCUGCCACUGCCCUCAUAAAACCAGCCAAAGAAAAGCCCAAGAAGGAGAACAAACCACCCAGCAAGCAAACCUCACCAUCUGGCAAGGAAGAGGAGGCAAAGCGAGCCAAGGAGAAGCGCGUCUCGCCCCAGGAGCAGAAGCUGCGUAAGGCCACCGCGCUGGCAUCCCGCGGUACGCCAACGGAAAAGGAAAAACUAACUCAGAAGAAGGUUAAAGCGACUGCUGGCGAGGCAAAGCUCAGUCGGCAGGCCUCCAAGCAGAAGAGCCCAUCGCCAGUGAAGCAGAAGGCAAAGACCAAGGGGCAGGCUUCAACCGAGAGCGAUACGGUGGCCAUGUCCAUGUCACCCGUGCCGGCAGCGGUCGCCAAGCAACCAUCACCUGAAGCUGUACCCAAGAAAGCGUCUGCUGAGGCUGUACCCAAGAAUGCAUCUCCUGAGGCUGCAACCAAGAGCUCAUCACCUGAAGCUGCACCAAAGAAAGCAUCUCCUGAGGCUGUUACCAAGAAACCAUCUCCAUCCUCAUCCCCCAAAGUUUCCAAGGAGGCGGCAGCUGAGCUUGCCCAGGAGUCUACAGCGCCCCCAACUGAGUCGGAGAGUCGCAAAUCAUCUAGCAAAAGUCGACGCUCCAGUGGUAGCCAGAGGCAGUUGGCAGCAGCCCAAGCAGAACCAGAACAGCCUGCAUCCUCCUCCAAGAUUCAGCAGCAGCAGCCAGAACCAAGUGCACAGGCAGACUCCAACAACAACAACCAAGAGGAGGCCAGGCAAGUGGCUGCUCCCCUCACAAGGGAAAACUCCAAGGAAACCAAUCAGCGGCCACGCACUUCGUUGCGGCCGCCAAGUGCUCGACCAGCCUCCGCUCGUCCCGGUGCUCCACGACGUCGCAAUGUGGAGAUUGUGCUGCAGCCCAAUGAUCAGAUUAAGAUGUCUGGCAUCAAUGUGAAGCUGGAGACCUUUGGGGACCUGGACGAUGACGGCGAGAACCUGGUGAUCAUCGAAGACGCCAACUCCCACGACAUUGAGAAAGGCGCCGAGGAGCCGCUGCUGGAGGGUCAGGUGGAUGCUCAGGGCCGGCUGGUGCAGCAAAUUCUGGAGACCCAAAAGGAGCUGGUGCACCAGAGUGCCGAGACAGAGCAGCCGGCCACUCAACCCAAUCAGACUGCCCGUCAGAGUUCUGCACGGCAAGUGAACGACCUACGCGAUCUCAUCCAGAGCCUGACCAAGGCUGUGAAUCCUCUGGGUAAGCUGAUGGAUUUCAUACCCGAGGACAUUGAUGCCAUGCAGCUGGAGCUGACAAUGUGGCGCGACACCUACACACAGGCAGCCACAGAGCUGAAGCGUGAGCGGAGCCUCACGGCAUCCGCCACAGAGCCGAUGAAGCAUCAACUGCAGCAGAUCGAUGCCAGCAUUGCUGAGUACGAGGAGCUAAUCGACGAGAGUCGCCACAAGAUACUCCAGAACAAUGCGCGCAUUCUCAAGAUGCUGAUGGAACAAUGAACAAUGUGAAGAGUACAUCUUGGAUUAAUGUGUUUUAAUAUUUAUUUAUAUAAAAAAUAGAUGGAUAAACUACACCGCAUGGAUAUACAUAUAUAUAAUUUCGUAACGUGUGUAAAUUUUGUAAAUAUAAUAUCAAAAUAUCCUCAA